UGUCACUAUGGCAGUGUGUCCACUCACAGGAUGAGUGACGCUGCCCAAUGAACUCGCCCCUUGGGGCAAAAUUAUAAAAAAUUAUAGACACAUCUCAAAAGGAUAGAGUAGCUUAGGCUAUUUUUACCCUCCAACUGGGGCCACGGCAGGUGUUAGGGGAUGUUGUUGUGACCUCGGCACGAGUCUUGAGUGUACUGUAGCAGUCGUGAAGUUAGUCUGCCGGAAUCUAGGGGAUACUGUUUUGGUCAAGAAUGGGUCUGGGAUGCUACAGUGGAGUGUGGUCAGGUCGUACACAAGAUAGUUCGACAAAGUUUAUUUUCUGGUUGUCAAACUGUAUAUAUUAUUUGGUUUUGAUGCGUUAGCAUUAGUUAGGCUCAACUGAAUUAGGUUAGGGCUAGAUAAGGAUGGAUCCAACCUUACCGUAAAUUGAGGUGAGAUUUUAAAAAAUCUUAGAUUUGUAAUAGAUUUUAAAAAUCCAUUUUAAAAUGGACAGAUUUUAAAAUCCAUUGAUAGAUUUGAGUGAAUGGGUAGAUUUUAUAAUCCACUGCAAACCGUCUUGUUUGUGACGUGACGCAACCACUGUAGUGGCCAUGGAACAAUCGUGGGUUGUGCUGAAACAGCCAUAGCAAGAGUCUGUGGUCCGGUGCACUGAGACACCACAGCAGGUGUCUUGAGUGUACUGGACCACCUGAGACACCACCUGCGUGUCUCGUGUGCUUAUUAUAUUGAUUCAUGAUGCUGCUAACCAUAUAUCAUUUCCUGUGGUGAUGUUUUAACAGGAAUGAAAUUAAUGUAUCUUGAGUGUAGAACACUGGUUUUACUAAUCAAGACAUUUUUAAGAAUAUUCUCUUCGAACAUGAUGGUUUGUCAGUAAAUUAAAAAAUCUUGACCACUUGACUUGACCUGAAGACUUGACCUGACUCUUGACCAAAUCAAACACCAUCUAACCCAACCCAGCUCUGCCUAACAUAUAUGAAUACAAUUCACAUCAUACACUAAACAGUUUGCCAACAGAUUUGAAAACUCACCUAACACAUUCCAACCCAAACCAACUUAACCUAAUCUAACUCAGCUGAGUAUAACACAGACUAACAUGAGCCAAUGCAUCCUAACCUAACGAUGUGUAAAGUUUCAACAUUCAGAAAAUGAGCUUUGUUGAGCUGUCUUGUGUAUGAUUUGACCAUAUCCCCCAACAUACUGUAUAUAGUUCCUGAAAUUAUAAAGUGUUCUUUGCAAAAUGUCUAUAUUUUAAUAAUAAUAAUAAUUCAUUAUGUCAGGGGACAGGAAGCCAGAGUGUAUUCAUACAUGUUUGGCUGUUAUCGAGGUCCCCCCAAAGGCGAAUUACUGACCUCGCCCAGGAUGCAACCUCACAACAAGCUGACUAACUCCUGAGUACCCACUACUCGGUGAACAGGGCAUUAGAUGAAAGUAAAUAUGCCCAGCCAUUUCUGUCCAACCCGGGAUUUGAACUCGGAAUUCUUGAUUGUGCGUCGAGAACGAACCCGACUGUGCUACCGGGACCCUUAAAAUGCAAAUUUAUGUGGCUACAGGUCACUUUGUAUACAAAACCUAAUCAAACAUAGCCUAAUUGAACCUAACCUAAUGAUAUUUACAGAUUUAAUAAUUAAAAAAAAUGCUAUUUGAAAUUACUAGACUUGAUAAUGAUCCAGGACGGAUUGAAACAUCUUCAUUUUCUGAUGGGUGGUUUGGUCAUACCUUCAGCCAUGGUAUUGUGACUCAUUAACUGCUUAUGUUUGAAAUGCCUGUGUACUAUUUGACCAUGCCUUGGGAAUGGGAUUGUGCCACAUAUUAUACACUUGUAGGCCUAAAAUUUUAUGUUGGUCCCCCUUCAUGGUAGUCAUUGGAAUAGGGUUUGGUAAAUUAGUAAAACAAAAUUCAGCACGUUUUAUUCAAUCUAACUCCUUUUAUCACAAAUGGUGAUGUUACAGAUGUAGAUUAUGCAUGGUAAUUACUGUACUAGUUAUUACUGUACUUGUUUUCCAUUCUUUAUUAGACAGCAUUCUAUAUUGGAGAAAGGUUGGCACUCUUUAUUCAGGAAUACAGUAACAUUAAUACAAUGUUAAUGUUAAAGGAGUAACAAUGCACAUUACUAAAUCAAUAUUACCUUGCAGUAGAUGAUAUCCCUUCCUCAUUAAGAAAAUGUGUGCAGUAUGGGAAGAACUGCAAAAAUUUGUUGGAGAAACUCACCCAGAUAAAGCUGUAGCAGGCUGUUGCAUUAACCUUUUCAAUGACAAUGCGAUGUCUCACCACAGACAAGUAUUAAAACGUAGGGAAAACUAUUGUCUUUAGACAUUUUUAGUAAGACAAGCAAGCAGUGAGCCACAACCAGGUCCUAUUGGUAUGACUGCCAAACAUAGGAGAGAGUGAGUACCCCAGAAAUGUCAUCAGUGCCUGAUGUUAUAAUGGAGGGGGAUUUCCCUUCCAAACACUAACACCUCUCCUCCCCUCCUCACCAUCUUCCAUAGGCCUUACUUUGGUUGGUCAUACCUUCAACAGCCAACAAGAGUCCUCAAUAAAGGUAAGGUACUUGUAUAGUAAAAAAUGUGAGUAGUAUUCUGUAUAAAAUGUAUUUUUAAGUUAAUUUUUUGGGUAUGUGGAAUGUAUUAAUAUUAUAAUACUUCUUUUGUAUAAUUUUUUGCAAAUGACAAUGCUUCUUAAUCUCCAACAUUACCUGUUGCAAUACAAGCAUCUAGUAGGGCAUGCUGGUGCUGCAUUUUAUAGUGGUGAUGGUUACUACUGCCACAGCUCUUUCCACAACAGUUACUACAUCCGCUUUCACUAUAACAUAGUACAGUACUUCCAUGAUUAGUGUUGUUGCAGCUUCUGUUAUCAUUUCUCAUGCAUAUACACAUACUCUGAUUUAGUGUCAGAGUGGUUGACAAAUGGAAUGCAUUAGGCAGUGAUGUGGUGGAGGCUGACUCCAUACACAGUUUCAAGUGUAGAUAUGAUAGUCCAGUAGGCUCAGGAACCUGUACACCAGUUGAUUGACAGUUGAGAGGCAGGACCAAAGAGCUAGAGCUCAACCACUGCAAGCACAAAUAGGUGAGUACACGUGAGAUGUAAAUUAGAAUAUGCCCUAGUUGUAUGGAUCCCAUAUCUUAUAACUAGAAAAUAUGUAAAGGCAUGCUACUAAAUGACUUCCAGACCUAAAAUCCAGUCCCUGAUGGUGUAGUGGUAAUACUAUACACUCGCCUUGUGAGUCAUGCGUGGAUUGAUCCAGGUUAGAGUCCUGGCUAAGGAGGAUUGACUAGGUACCAAUCCUUGAAUAUUUAUCCCUGUUCACCCAGCAGUAAUUGGGUACUUGGUUGGAAAUUCAUUGGUGGGUUGUAUUCUAGGAAAAAAUUAGUAGGGUAAGGCUUACCAUGAGCUAUGGGAAGGGAAAGCUCUCAGCCUGCUAACAGGAGUCAGUCAUUUGUUCCUGUCCCCAAAUGUGUGUAAAAAAAAAAAGCUUUGAGGAGAGACUUUUAAGAAUUUUUUCAAAAUUAGUGGACAAAAAAAUUAGGUGAUCAAAUCACCAUACUGUAUUGUUUAAAUUUAUAACAUGAAUUGACAAAAUUCAUAAGCAUUUUUUUUUAUUUGCAGCUUUUAGAACAAAAGGCUAUAGAUUAAAACUAAAACUGAAGGUGCUGAAAAGAUGUGCAUAAGUACUCCUUUUUAUAAAUAGGGUGGUAGAUGGAAUAAUUGAAUUCAGAGGUUAGUGUAUGUCAAAACCAUUGGAAUAUCAAAAUGUCCUGUUACAAAGAUUAUAUAGAAUACAGGACAGGAUAAUUGUUUACACAUACACACACUUGCAAAACAACAAGCACAGUCUCCCUUAUGGUAUUAGAAUGUUUGUUUUCAUACAACUGUAUUUCUGACUUUCUAGCAAGGUACACGAAACCAGUAUCAUCUUCAUCCAUCACUAGAUCCUGAUUGGUCCAAUGUAUUGUUUGGAUAAAUAUCGGAUGAACUUUUGCAGGUCGUCGGGUGGAUGCCUACAUCUGACAUAGAACUGAGCUUGGAGAUGCCAGCUGGCAGUUGACAACCUCCCCUUCUCCCAAACAAGGGAAUGGAAAGUUGGGCAAACGAGAUUGUGUGGCUGAUAUAUGGGAAGACGUGCAUUGCCAUGCAUUAAUGUGUAAUGGAUUAAUUUUGUCUGUGUGAAAGCUGAUUAAUUCUCAUGAUAUUUGUUUAUAUAGCAGUUAUAAAUCUGAAACAUUAUAAGAGAAAGUACAUUAAUGCUUACAUUAUUUUUGUAUUUACAAAUGUAUCUGAAACUUGAUACGAGAAAGUAAGUGAACGUGUACAUUACUGUUGCAUUUGGAAAUGUUUACAUUGUUACUGAAAAGCAAUUUUGUUUAGACAUGCCUCAUGUCAAUAGGGAAGAACUUGUGUUUGAGACUCCUGGGUGUGGAGAAGAAUGCUCUUUCACCUGUAUUUGCAAUAAAGACCCAAAAUUUUCAUCUGAAAUGGAAAGUGAACAAAAGGCUCAUGCAAAAGGACAGCCAUUUAAGUGUGAAGAGUGUGGCAUGAGAACAGCUAACAAAAUGGGUCUGAAACAGCACAUGAGAAUCCAUAACGACAUAAAGCCAUUUACAUGUUCUGUAUGCGAAGAUACCUUUGCUACACCUGGUACCUUAAACAGGCAUGUGAAAUAUCAUACUAAAGAUAUGCUUUUUGAAUGUGCUGUAUGUUCUAAGAAAUUCAGUGAUAGAAUAACUCUCAAAGACCACAUUGAAAUACAUAGAGAAGAUUAUCCCUUCCAGUGUCUUGAAUGUGGAAUUGUGUUUAAUGAAAAUUCUGACUAUACAAUGCAUGAAAAAAUUCACUUGGUAGAUAAAUCUCUAGAAUGUGAUGUUUGUGGGAAAAAAAUUUGUCGGAGUUCUUUGAGGCGACACAAACAAACUCAUUCAGAAGAUAAACCUCAUAAAUGCUCAGUUUGUGGAAAAAGUUUUCUUAUAAUUGGAAAUCGCAACAGACACAUGAGAACUCACUCUGGAGAGAAGCCAUUUGAAUGUACCGUAUGCUUUAAAAGGUUUACAGAGAAAGGCUCCCUAAAAAAACAUAUGCCAGUCCAUACAGGGAAAGAACCAUAUCAGUGUUCUGUUUGUGAGAGAAAGUUUACUCAAAAAGGCCAUCUUGUGAGACAUUUGCGAAUUCACACUGGAGAAAAGCCAUAUGAAUGUUCAGUAUGUUCCAAACGGUUCAGAGACAAAUCAGGCCUUGACAUACACAUGUCUAAUCAUACAGGAUUAAAACCACACGUUUGCUCAAUUUGUAGAGCAAGCUUUUAUGAAAAGUCUGUCCUUACCAAACAUAUGUAUGUCCAUAAUGGGAAACCUCUUGAGUGUUCAUUGUGCUUAAAAAAGUUCAGAGAUAAAACUGCUCUGAAUUCCCAUUUGAAUAGUCAUUUGAAAGAAAAGCCAUUUAAUUGUCCUAUAUGCAAAAAGGGGUUUGGUUCUAAUAGAUACUUAAAAAAACACAUUGAUGUACACUCAGAUGAUAAACCAUUUUCUUGUUCAUUUUGCAGCAAGAAGUUUAAUUUGAGAAAUUCAUAUAUUAAACAUUUGUGCAGUCACAUGGAAAAGAAAAUGUUUUCAUGUUCUAUGUGUACAAAGGAAUUCUCAGCUAUUAGUAUGCUGUCAAGACAUUUGGAAACACACAUUGGGGGUUUGGUUCAAAGUUGUUCAUUGUGUGCAAAGGAGUUUUCAUGCGUAACAAAGCUUGAAAAACAUAUGUAUCAUCACACGUUAAAGAAGCCUUUUGAAUGUCCAGAGUGUAAGAAGCUAUUCAUUACACAGUUGGGACUUAAUAAACACUUAUAUACCCACAAAGAGGCAAAAUACAACUGCUCAGAGUGUGGUAAGGGCUUUGUAACAAAAGGAGGACUGUUUAAACAUCUACGUAAUGGUUUUAGAAAUCAGGAAUUCUUUAAAGUCUGCACUCAGUGUAAAUGCUCGUUCAGCUCGAUUUUACUUUUUAAGCAACAUAUGCUUACUCACGAUAAAAUGAAAUUAGCUAAUGAUUGUGCAUCUGACAACAGAGAGAGUAAUGGAAACUCGGAAUCCAUGUUAUCUGACAAAGAAAGCAUGGAACAUUCAGAUAAACUUGACAUUAUGGAUGGGUCAGUCAUAAAUGAACAGAAGAUCACAGUUGAUUAUAUUAAGAAUGAGACCUUGGAUACAUUUGAGAUCAAUAAUUCACCUUUCAGUUGUGCAUAUUUAGGAAACGGAUCUUGUUCUAAAAAUAACGUAUUAUCAAAUUCUAAAGAGAAACUACAUUUUCAGUGUUCGUUUUGUACAAAGAAAUUUAAAUACAAAAGCAGAUUAAAUAGUCAUCUCAUAACUCAUACAGGAGAGAGAUCUCAUCAGUGCUUGAUUUGCAAGAAGUGCUUUUCUGCUAAACACAUUCUUAAGAAGCACACAAAAAUUCACAUUAGAGAAAAUGUAUUUACAUGUGUAUUUUGUUGCAAGGAAUUUGCGGCUGAUGCUCAUCUCGCAGUACAUCUGCGUAGCCAUUCUGGAGAAAAGCCAUUUUCUUGCACUUCUUGUAACAAGAGGUUUGCAACCAAUGGUGGUUUAAAGAGACAUAUGCUAAUUCAUGCUGGUGACAAAAUAUUUGAAUGCAAUAUAUGUGAGAAAUGUUUUUCUAGACCAGAUCUUCUCAAGAGACAUAUGGUGACUCAUAAUGGAGGGAGACAAUUGAAGUGUUUCGUAUGUUCUGCGAGGUUUAAAGAAAAGGAUACACUGAGAAGACAUGUAAGUAAACAUACUAGUGAUGAACCUUAUUAUCUUGAAACGCACUACUUAGCAAAUUCGUUUGAAUGUUUGCAGUGUGAGUGUAUAUUUAGCACCAGUACUCAUUUUGAGGAACACAUGAUAACUCAUGAAAUGGAACUUGAAGAUAAAGUGGUAGAAAAGUUGUCACAGUGUGUUGAAGUAGAAAUUGAAGAAUAUAGUGAUGAUGAGAUUAGUUUAGAUAAUUUACCCAAAAAUGAAACAUUAGUGAAGACUACUUAUAUUAAAACUGAGAUUGAGACUGACUCUGUGACGUAAAUUUUGUCUCUUUUGUUGUAUAGAAAUGUUAUUUUAGGAAUAUUUUCUUGAAGGAAUUAUGACAACAAUGGUGGUGACAAAAGGAUUGCUAUUAUGAGCAGUGUCAUGUUUGAAGGAAAUUGUUCAUUUAGGCAUAUGGAAAUAUUUGUUUUUUAAUUUUAUCUGAGCAUCAGGAACUAACACAUAUAAAAGCAAUGUCAGUAGGAUAUUAUGCAUGUGGGUGCUGUGUGUUGUUACGAAAGUCAUGGAGAGAUAUAAAACAAAAUUUGCAAGAAAUUGGAGUUAAAGUAAAUGAUGUAUUAAGGAACACUGAUAUUGUAUUUAUUUUGUAUAUUUGUUGUAUUGUCAUCCAUUAGGAUAACUCAUAAGUUUAUAAAACUUAAGUGGUUUGCUUUUGGAUAGUCUAUACUAUACAGUUUUAAUUUUCCUCUCAUCUGUUCUCUUUUGUAUAUCAGGAUUAUUUAUUUUGUUUCGUAUUUCUUACAUACGAGUCAAGUUGGAACCUAGAAGAGUUCCAGAUGUUCUAAAUAACAAGUGGUAUAUAGAUACUCUACAGUGUUCUAGGUUUGCAAUAGAUAACUUCUCCACUGACCUCACAAACCACAUCCAACCUAUCCGUCUUUGCAUAGCCAAAAAUAUUUCCCACAUUAAUUGCAAUUUAAACUGUCUUUGAAACAGGUAGUUAUCCAUGGAGUCUAAUGUAGCAUAUAUUAUUUAACCACAUUAAUUUAUAUUUCUUACAUUAGAAAUCUAUGAGGCUUUGUUUAUAAACCCUAUAAAUAACGUGAUUAGUCAUACAGAGAUGAUCCCUGUUAUGUUUUUUUUAUACAUUUUAUUUGUAAAACCCCUAUUUUAUAUAUACUGUGUGUGUG